UAUCGAUGUGAGCGCGUGGCGGCGCCGCGGUGGUGUCAGUCUGAUGAAGAUUGGCAUGAAGAUGUGUCAGCGGGGCGUUUGAAAUUUUCCUGAAGACCUUACUUCACGGAGAAAUCGCCAUUAGUCUGCAGUUGCGUGAAGCUGAGAAUUGCAUCUUAAUUACCAGUCUGGAACUUCAAAGGGAUCUGGAGAUACUGGGCUGCCAACCUUCGGUUCUAGAUGUGAAGCAAUCCCAUGAUGCAACAUGCAUCCCCUGCAUCAUCGCUAACCAUGAUGGCAACCCAAAGUGUGCCCCCUCCAACGUACCAAGAAAGCCAACAGAUGACGGCCACGGCACAGCAGACUACCAAGGCGCAGCCAGUGCAUAUUCCAGCAUCCUCCACAGCUGCUACUCCUGUAGCCACCGUACCACUUGAUCCUCAAGCACAGCUGGAGUCUGACAAACGAGCAGUGUACAGGCAUCCGCUCUUUCCACUCCUCGCUCUCCUGUUCGAGAAGUGUGAACAGGCUACGCAGGGAUCAGAGUGCAUUACCUCAGCGAGCUUCGAUGUUGACAUUGAAAACUUUGUUCACCAGCAAGAGCAAGAGCACAAACCCUUCUUCAGCGAUGAUCCAGAAAUAGACAGCCUGAUGGUUAAAGCCAUUCAGGUUCUGCGAAUCCAUCUGCUCGAGCUGGAGAAAGUCAAUGAACUUUGCAAAGACUUCUGCAACCGCUACAUAACUUGUCUUAAGACGAAGAUGCACAGUGACAACCUACUUCGCAAUGACCUAGGAGGCCCAUACUCCCCAACAGCUGUGACACACACUCUCCCAGCACAGAGCUCUCCAUCCUCUCUGACAGCGAUAACCAAUUCUGUCAACUCCCAGGGGAUUGUGGUACCGACCUCUGCACUACAACAAGGGAAUGCUGCCAUGCCAACACAAGUGGUAACAGGUGGAACAAUUUACCAGCCAGUAACUAUGGUAACCUCUCAGGGUCAAGUGGUGACCCAGGCCAUUCCGCAGGGUACAAUACAGAUCCAGAAUACACAGGUGAACCUGGAGCUGACCUCUCUCCUACAGGAUGGGGAAGACAAGAAGUCAAAGAGUAAACGUGGAGUCCUGCCCAAACAUGCCACAAACAUCAUGCGGUCCUGGCUUUUCCAGCAUCUUGUGCAUCCUUACCCGACAGAGGACGAGAAGAGGCAGAUUGCUGGCCAAACGAACCUCACACUCUUACAGGUCAACAACUGGUUUAUCAAUGCCAGGCGGCGUAUCCUGCAGCCAAUGCUUGACGCCAGUAAUCCUGACCCAGCUCCUAAAGCUAAGAAAAUCAAAUCCCAGCACCGGCCAACUCAGCGUUUCUGGCCUGACUCAAUUGCAGCGGGUGUCCUACAGCAGCAAGGAGGGAAUCCCAGCAAUCCAGACAGUACUAUGACCACAGCCAUGGACAGUCUGCAGACACUCUCCUCCGACACUGCCACCCUUGCCAUGCAACAGGCUAUGAUGGCCGGCCAUGCGGGCGAUGACUCAUUGGAUGGAACGGAUGAGGAGGAGGAGAUUGAAGAGGAAGAUGAUGAGGAAGAUGAAGACAAUGGGGAACUGCAGACGACCAAUGUAAAUGACCUGGGCCUGGAUAAUAGUGACUCACUCGACUAACAGCACUGCGUGCACACAAGGAGGCAAAGAGAGUAAAGUUUCACCAGUGUGCGGACUGAUUUUUUUUAAAUUAAAGACUCUUCUCCAGGAACAGGUCACAAUGAUGUGACAGUCAUAAGAAUGAAGGCCCCUGUGUCUAAAAUCUAUUUUGUGAUUAAUUCUGUAUUAAUGAAUGUUAUUGUGAAUGUAUCCUUCAUUUUUUUUUCAACAUUUGUUUUGCAUUUGUAUUUUUUACUUGGCUGCUGUGGUCACUUCCACAGCCCCUCACUGCCCUAGCUUUCCACUCAGACUGAAGCUUUUCUUAACACUGGGGAGGGAGGGUGGAGCGAAAUGGCAAGAAUAUUUCCCUCAGGCUCUCGCCCCCUCUUUCCCGCUGAAAUAAAUGAUGUUUGAAAAAAGGGUAGAAAUUGGUUGUUGCACUUUCACUUUUGCCCUCCUUCUCUCCAGAUUGCUAUAGAUGGCCCUGGCAAGUCUGUUCUCCAAAUGUUAGAAUCUGCCCGAGGUGACUUGGGUCUCCAACAACUCUCUCCCAUCAGACAACCUUUUGAUGCCCAUCUUGUGUACUUUUAUAAAUAGUAAAUAAAAGCAUUCAAAGAAAAGUUAAAAAAAAUAGUCUUAUGACUUUUCUCCUGGCGAUUAUUCUUAAUAGAGUCCAGGAGAUUAACGUUUCAUUCAUGGGGGCUGCAGACUAGAUAAUGCUGUUCCUGGAAUAUGAGGAAUUUGGAUCUAAUUUUUCAUUUGAGGAGAAUUUGUUAUUGUCCUUCUAUAGACUCAUGACAACAAACAUCUAUUUGUUCUUUGAGUUACUACAAGUUAGAUUUUGAACCAGAUACACAGAUCUGAUCAGCUGUCUAGAUAUUUUUCUUAAUAUUUCAAUUACUAAAAAUCAGUUUCUUGAAAUGUAAAAAUUGUUUAUCAGAGGGAAUGUUCCAUAUCUUUGUAGAUCUGAGAGAAGUGUUGUUUUGUAACUGCCCAGAGACUUUUCCUGAGUUGUAUCAAGUUCAAGUUUCACCCAACUGCUUGUGUCUGGUCUUUCCUAAGGAAUUGAAUGGACUGGAUUAGAUUUUAGGGCCUCAUCUCCUUCCACCUGGACUAUUAAUUCCAACCAUAAGAGAAAUCAGGCCCAAUCUUUUGCCAGAGGCAAGAGGUAUAGUGAGCACCACUCAUAUCAGUAUUCACUUUAACAGGAACAUUGUAACAGGAAUAGUUGUGAUAGCUACAUAGGUUUGGAGACAUGGGAGACUACAAUCUGGAAUCUGAAGCAACACAUAAUAUGCAGCAGGAACUCAGAAGGUCAUGCAGCAUGUUAACUGUCCAUUCUCCUCCGAGAUGUUGCAUGACCCUCAGAAUUCAUCCUGCAAUCUUGUGUGUUACUACAAAAGGUUUGCCCUGCCUCUGAAUUAGAAUGUCGUUAAACUGUACCAAGUUGUUUAUCAACCUCUGUUCUACUGUAUAUACACCUGGACUUAGUCCUAGAAAAACUCCGGAAUUAGGUUGUCCAGAACAGAAAGGGUUUACUGAUGAUCAUCAGUUGCUAAUGUUGCACUCUGCAGAUGUAUGGUGUCUUCACUUCGGAUGCUGGAUGAUUUCUGCUCCAAACGAAGACAUAAAGAGACCCUGUCUCUAUAUUCCUUCAUAAAAUAAAAUGUAACCUUUGGACAUCAUGGCAAUGAACAAGAAAGGAAAUCUAGAAAUGCCCUAUUUGACAGCUUAGCUCCCCUUCAGUAGUGAAUCCCUGACUUUGUUCUUCCAUGUUGUUUUUGUAUAGGAAUUGCACUGUCCUAAAUACAUUUGCAUGCGAUGUCAGCUCUGUAUUACCUUCACGUUUGAUUUAAAUUGAUUUUACAAAUGUAUCAAUAACUUGUCCCUUGUGACUAAUUUCAUAGGAACAGGAAAAGUCUAUCAGUCCCUAGCAUGCUCUGCCAAUUUUUGUUACAUCAUAGCUGAUCUGCCUCUCAGCACUAUUUACUACCAUCUCUUGAUAGCUCAGAUAAAAAUCUAAAUUGGAUUUAAAUGUUUCAGUUCCACUCCCCCCCCCCCCACAACACACACACACACACACACACACACACACAGAUUUUUUGUUGAAGGAUUACAGAAUUUCACCUUUCUUUGUGAGAAGUGUUUCUUUAAUUUAUAGAAGGUCUAGUCCCUAUACUACCCUCUGUUUUAUAUUUCUCAUGCACAUCAAUUCCUGAAAAUGUGAUAAUUGAGCAAGAUAUGCAGCCCCUUCUCACAUGGAUCCGGGUAUCCAAAGGCAUUUCAUUACACAGCUAUGCAUCUCAUUAUGUCCCUGGCAAUUUGUUAUGUAAAUAUACAUCUCCUUGUGCGUAGUAAUAGUGCGAUCACUCAAAGUCAAGUCUGAUGUUCUUCCUUAGGGGUUGUCUGUUGGUGGGUCCUCAGGUGUCUGUAGAGGCCGAUCCAGGAUCCACAUAUUCUGGUGCAGUGUGGGUAAGAGUAAGUGGUGGCUGUGAUUAGUAGUUAAGUCUUUUGGUUGUUCAGCCUCUCCUUUCACGGCUGCCGCUGGUUCUCUGCGGCACAACAGAGGUCGCUCUCAUGUAGUACAACUCCCUCUUGAACAGAUUUCCUCCAGAUAUAUCUAUUGAAUGUGUAGUAGGAUGUUCCAAAGCAUGGCCCUGGCCAGUUAUUAUCCUGAAGUGCUGUUGGCAGCAACCAAACUGUCCAUAUCAGGGUUUUGUGGGUUACAUUAAUCGGAUAUGUGGUCACUUUAGUUUUCCCCUGCUGUUGUUUAACUUGGUUAUCAGUGGUACAAUAAUAUUUAUUCUGCUUGGCCAUGACAGGUUCAAUUCUAAAAACACACAAAGAACUAUAUUUAUUAAAUUCAAUUUCACAUUUUGCAGCCAGGGGAUUUUUUGUUAGUGUGUUGAAUUCAUGAACUUUGAUGACUAUUCCAUCAUCUUCAACCACACUAAGAAUAUUCCUUCUGUCCUUCAAAAUGGCAUCAAUGGUUUUUUAUAGCAUCUAUGUGCAUGGAUUGUCUCAACUAAAAACAGACUCAUACUGUGUGGCACUCAAUGCUGUCCCUGUGUCAGCAAGCUUUUUGUAUUCAAAUCUUGAGCUGGCAACAUUGAAUGAGGGGUCAGAAUUGUAUGAACUGAACCAACUAAUGAUUGGGCGCAAAAGUCUGAUAAACAAAGAAAUGUGGAUAACUAAAUAGAUGGUUGGCUUUUAUCUCUGAAUUACCAGCUUACCAGGCAACAGCCAGGGCUUUUUACGGUCAUUCCAACUGUUUCACAUCUGCAUCUAUUGUUUCUCUCAAUCUAUUUUAAGUUACAAAAUUUAAAAAAUCCCCACGUACAGCAAGACUGCCCAUUGAUCUUUGGCUGAUCAUCAUGGUGAAAGGUGUGACACAAUCCACCUCCAGAUUCUUAUUGCCAAAUCUGUCUUAGUGAAGCCAAAUCAGUUGAUAGGGGAAUAGGUACCAGUUGAUCACUUAGACAAUUACUAACAUCGAAUUUUAUGUUCUCAUCACUUAGUCUUCUCACCUUGCAUUAGCAUUCUGCUACUGGGAACUUUGGCACAGCUGGCUGCCUCUCUGCAUCCUAAAUUAUGGCAAUUUAUUUUGCCAACUUGGCUUACUGGGAAUUAUUUCCAUUAGUUUUUAUCCCAGACCUCAAAAGCAAUUUGAAAGAUGUUCUACUUAGGUUUGGUUGCAGGUUUUGAAUGGAAAAGUCCUGUGCCUGUCCAAGAUGUCCAAUUCCAGCCACGCUCCAGGCUUCAUUCAGGCCCGCCUUCUGCAAAAUGUAUCCUCAUGAGGCCAACAGCCUCUUAAGGUCGAUACCAGGCUCUGGAUUGAUAAAGGCUGUCCCUGUCCUCCUCUUCUCAUAAAAUAAUCUUGAAGCCAGACCCUGAUUCUGAGACAAACCACUGAGAUCACACACUGCAAGACCAAUCAUUCCAUAUCAUGAAAGAGAACCUUGCAUUAGUGGAGGGUGACGUUUAUCUUAAAACAAAUGUUCCCCCUCAUUUUCUGCUCUCUGCAGCUGAAAUUUGUCAUUUCUCAAGAACGCCUAAAGAAAAUUUGUAAGAUGAGCUCUUCAGUAUUGAACAAGCCAUGGACUGAAAGGACACCAACAACCUUGAAAUUGGAAUAAUUAGCUCUGGCUUUUAAGUAUGUCAGAUGUCAGAAGUAUGUCAGGCUAUCAACUCCACAGAUUUCCUGUGUUAGAAAAAUGACUGCCAUAUGACAGUGACACAAAAGAAGCGUGCAGGUUGCCGAGCUGCCGGAUGAGACACGAAUUAGACUUCACUGUGACUUUGAUGUUUUGAUCACAACAUCUGGUUGUUUCACAUUCCAAAAGUCAAUUAAUUUUUGCAGUCACUUUUCCUUGCCUGAUCAAUGGUUACCACUUUUUAAUUUUAAGCACUGCAAUGCAUCAUGCUACAGUACCUACACACUGACUAUCCCAUGCCCUGGUGUAGCAAAGGCCAUGGAGCAAGGUUUCCCGAGCAAAUGGCUACACUGUAGCCAGCUGGUGGCGUAGUGGCCUCAACGCCAGAUUUCGGAGCGAAGGCUCUCGAGUUUGAAUCCAGCCGGCUCCCUUGCACGCUUUCCAUCUGUGCUGGGUUGAGCGUCAUGCUAGCAACCUGGCCUCGUGAAAACAAGAAAGCAUUUUUUGAAGCUUCCUUGUGGCAAAGCCCUGUGCACAGCUCCUUAGAUUCGCCAGUCUCAGAAGCUCCUGUAGUAAAACUGGUGUUUAAAAUCUUUCUUUAGCUAAUUUCACAACCUUUUGCAAGUAACCCAAAUCAGCAGUGGCGCUAAAUACAACAGCAUAUUGAUCAAUAUAGAUGAAAUUCAAACUCUAGUCAUACCUUCUUUUAAAAUUGACAUUUUUUGACUUCUAUCAAA